AUGAAGGCGAUCGCAGACUGGUUUAUAUAUGGGGAGGUGGAUUGGGAUCUGUACAACGCCAAGCUACAAGAAUGGGGCCCCUUAGUGGCUGGCGCCCUCUUUGGAAUAGGAUGGUGGUGCUGGGCUGACGCACUGGUGCAGGUCAGCACUGGGGAGUCGGGGGCCUACCCAUUCACAUACAACUGGCCGGGAAUAGUCGCUACGCUAGCGCUGCUGCUCAUCAAUGCCUUGCCAAGGAAAGAUCUGGCAGAGGCAGCAGAGAGCAUCGAGGACGGCGUCGAGUUGCGAGCACGGCUCUGGCUUCUCUUCAGCUUCCUCACGGCUUUUGCAGCCGUGGGUGGCAGCGUUGCAGUGCUCAUUCAAUGCACCCAACAGUCCCAGUUCGUGUCGGUCGGAGUGGGAUCUGUGCUCCAAUGCGGCUUCAUUCUGGCAAGCGCACUGCUGCUCUGGGCCUACCGCUCAGACGACGGGGGCGGAUACUACACGGGCUUCUGA